AUGGGUGCGGUCGAGAGUGCCGAGCCCGCUGGCUCGCGAGGCUGGAGGCGGAGCGGAAGCUCGGGGCUGCGGUCUGGUUGAUGAGCCUGGGGAAGAGGGGGAAACUUAGCCGGACCGAGGCCGCUUCUGAGCACCGAGCACCGCGGGGAGACCCCGCCCGGCUCCGCCCGUCCACCCCGCCCCUUCCCGGCAUCCUCCGCGCUGGCCAUGGCGGACGGCUGCGGGACCGGCAGGGAACCGCCGUGCCUCGGGGCGGCGGCGGCGCUGCGGCGCUGGGAGCAGCUGAGGCGGCGGGUGGCGGCACCGUGGGCCCGCGGGCUGCUGGCUGUGGCCGCCGGGCUCGGGCUUUUCUACGCUGCGCUGCGGGUGCCGCUACGGCUCCGGGACGGCCUGGCGGCCGUGACUGUGUUCUUAAGCACUUUGACUCCAAAAUUCUACUUUGCCCUCACAGUGACCUCAUCCUUUAUAUCCGGACUGAUAUUUGUAUUUGAGUGGUGGCAUUUCCGAAAAUAUGGCACGUCCUUCAUUGAGCAGGUAUCUGUGAGUCACCUGAGGCCGCUCAUCGGCGGCGUGGAAAACAACCCUCCAGCACCAGCAGCGUUCUCAGCUGGGGAGAAUGAGGCCAACAGACAGAACGUGCCAGAAUGCAAGAUGUGGCGAAAUCCUCUUAAUCUUUUCAGAGGGGCAGAAUACAGCAGAUACAUGUGGGUGACUGGGAAAGAGCCUCUUACCUACUAUGACAUGAAUUUAUCCGCUCAAGAUCAUCAGAACUUUUUCACAUGUGAUACAGAUGCCCUUCGGCCUUCAGAUACAGUUAUGCAGAAAGCAUGGCGAGAGAGAAACCCUCAAGCCCGGAUUAAAGCAGCGUAUCAAGCCUUAGAGUUGAACAAUGAUUGUGCCACUGCAUACGUUCUUCUCGCAGAGGAAGAAGCAACAACCAUUGUAGAUGCUGAGAGGUAUUUCAAGCAGGCUUUGAAAGCAGGAGAGAUGAUUUACAGGAAGUCUCAGAACUGCCAUUCCCAAAGUCCCCAGCAUGAAGCACAGCUACGAAGAGACACUAAUGUGCUGGUCUAUGUGAAAAGAAGGCUGGCAAUGUGUGCAAGAAAACUUGGAAGAAUUCGAGAAUCGGUAAAAAUGAUGAGAGAUUUAAUGAAAGAGUUUCCACUUCUCAGCAUGCUGAAUAUUCAUGAAAACCUCCUGGAGGCAUUACUGGAGUUACAGGCUUAUGCAGAUGUCCAGGCAGUUUUAGCAAAGUAUGAUGAUAUCAGUCUUCCAAAAUCAGCAGCAAUUUGUUACACAGCAGCCCUGUUAAAAGCCAGAGCUGUUUCAGAAAGGUUCUCCCCAGAAACUGCCUUCAAAAGAGGGCUUAGUACAGCAGAAAUAAAUGCUGUGGAAGCAAUUCACAGAGCUGUGGAAUUUAACCCUCAUGUUCCAAAGUAUCUACUGGAGAUGAAAAGCUUAGUCCUACCUCCAGAGCAUAUCCUGAAACGAGGGGACAGUGAGGCAGUAGCAUAUGCUUUUUUCCAUCUCCAGCACUGGAAGAGAAUAGAAGGGGCUCUACAUCUGCUGCACUGCACAUGGGAAGGCACAUUUAGGAUGAUCCCAUACCCGUUAGAGAAAGGUCACCUUUUCUAUCCUUAUCCAAGUUGCACGGAAACAGCAGACAGAGAACUGUUGCCAACAUUUCACGAAGUCUCCGUUUACCCGCAGAAGGAGCUCCCCUUUUUCAUCCAUUUCACAGCAGGCCUGUGUUCCUUUUCGGCAAUGCUUGCACUCCUCACACACCAGUUCCCUGAGCUGAUGGUUGUUUUUGCUAAAGCUGUGCUGCGAGUGCUGUGGCCUGUGAGUGCCCCCAGUGUGCUGGCAUCCGGCUGAGCCCCUCAUCCCCGUUCUUUGGGACUCUCCUUUUAUCCAUUGGUGUGGGAACAUUAAGAUCCUCACGUUUUCCAGUCUUUGGCACCAGCUGAGUGCAGCAUGCCUCCCAGGGGCUUCGAUUGCGUUGUUCUCAGUGUGUCCUGGCAGCACCCUGGGCAUGGUUGGCUGAUACCUGGCUGUGGGAGGCAGAGAAGAAAGCUGUGCUGCUCAGACAGCUGCCCUUUGUAGGCUGCCGUGUUGGUAAUGCUGCUUCGUGUUUGAGUUCCUUCUUUGGCCGUAGAGUCUGUAAUCAUCUAAGAAAAUAGUUUUCUUUGAGUGGUAACCUCAUUGCUCCCUUAAUCACUUGUACAACUGGAAGGUAAUAAGGUAAUACUUCUGUAAGAACUGUGAGAAUGUAAGUAGGGCGGAUGUUUUGAAUCUUGACGCUUCCUUCUCAGCUGCAGAUGCACCGGAUAACUGGCUUUGGUUUUAAUUUUGUAAGCCUUUUUCAAAAUAUUUGUUAGGAGCAAAGUAUGGUUUUGCUUGCUUUAUUAAAAGGUUGCUUCUUAACGUG